GAUUACCGAGAAAAUUAUUUAGUUUAUUUUGCCCUUAUCAAUAUUUAUCUUAAGCCCGCAAGUAAAAUGUAACUUUGAAGAUAUAAAUUUUACGUUAUUUAUUACUUAAACACAAAACAUUAUGAACGAGAACCCGAGCAGCAAACUUCCUCAAAGCGUAUUUAACUCUGAAGACGGAGAUUUUUCUAACAAACAUCAUACAUUGAUCUUGGACGAAAAAGUCACUAAAAUUAUAAAUAAAUAUAAGACGUAUGCUCCUCAUAGAAACAAUCUAGCAACUGGCAUAAAUAAAGUUAUAGAAAAUAAAAAAUUUGUAGAAGAAGCACAGCCUUUAAAAAUUAAUACUCAUACAUCGUCUGAAAGACAAAAUAAUUAUGUGUGUGAAAAUAGCUGUAACAUUAAGUCCAAUAAGAACAAAUUUCCUCCAGUAGUAAAUAAAAAUACAUUAACUCGUGCGGACAAAACAACUUACUGUCGGCCGGUUACAAAAUAUUAUAUUCCAGAAGUUUACAGGAUGGCCACGAAAAGAAAUGGUCUAAAAAAUAUUUUACAAAUUCUAUCGACUUUGAGACAAAAAGAAGUGGAAGAAGCUUUAAUGAGUACUUAUAUAGAUUUUUUAAACAAGAAACAUCUACCUGAAGAGUGCAUAAGUUUAAUUUGUAUACAGGAUAUAAUAGGCUCUAAGGCAAGAAUGAUUUUGAAACGUGACCAGAUGGUUGACCAUUUGAAUGAAAACUGUAUACCACAUAGCAUAAUAAACAAACCACAUCAGCAUAGGUUUCAUGACACAUUCAAUUCUAUAGAAGAUCUGGCUCAUAAACAAGUUUGGUACCCUGUAAUCCGUUCGCCACGUAAGAAAGUAUUUCAUGUUACACAAAAUGGACAAGAGACUAAGUUGUUCGACGACGAAAGAUAUAAAAAUUGCUCAACACAACUUACUGAGGAUAAAAAAUAUGUUAUGACUACAAGGCCAGCUAAUAGUCAAACAAAACGGGCAGUGAAAAAUUGUAACACGCAAACUCAUAAAAAUGUUUUUCAACCUAAAAAACUUUGCUUUGAUAAAUCAGCUACGACAAAUGUAGAAAAGAAAAAUCAUCACAAACAGGAAGCGAUAACAGAAAAUUCUGUUCUAACAAUAGAAAACAAAAUAGACACUCUCAUACAAGCUAUGAAUGAUUUUAUGAAUGAAAUAAAUUUAUUGAAAAUUACAAACUCGGAAGAAAAAAGAAGAAAGAAAUGUAAUACUAAGUCACAAACGCCUGCAGAAGAAUUAAUAGACUAUAACAUUAAAAACCAUAGGAAUAUAGUUAGCUACACGUAUCUACCGAGCAGAGAACAGAAAAGUUGUAAAUUAGAAGAAACAGUUGUGAACACGCAUAAGGCUAACUUCGAUAACAUCAAUAAAAAUUCGUCAAUACAAAUAAAAUUUAAAGUGUCAACUAGAGACCAUUGUACCGAAAUAAGCAGAUCACUAUCCCGUCAAAUAACGAAUUGCAAAAUCAUAGCUGAUACGAGUCAGACUGAGAAAACAACGAUAGCUUUAAACACUGACCCAAUAAGUUUUAGAGCACUCCUAAAGAUAUCGUCAGAAGCUAUUAGGGGAUUCUUCUCACUUGACUUUCUUUCUUAUGUGCCCUAUCUGCAACUGCCUAGACUGGAGUGGAGUGACCCCCGACCCUGUCUAUGCGAUACCAAUGUUAAUGUUGAUAAAAUAACAAAUAGGUUUUUAAAGCUCGCGCCUGUCGGUCCCUACAAAUGCCAGUAUUGUGACGAAGUUUUCGAUAAAGCCUACUCCUGGGAACGACACGAAUUUUACUGCGCCAGAACUUUGAAAGCCGUAGAACGCAAAUGUGGAAUGUUUCGUGUGUGUUGAUUUGAUAUUCUUAAAGUUUGCUAUGCCUAAAAACCUAAAAGAAAUCAAACCAUUGCAGCAAAGGAUCUCUUUAUGUUUGAAUGGAUACAUUCUUCGCAUAUUUGCUCUCGUGUACACAAAAAUCCUUAUUGAAUCAAAACAACUCGGUCCCUUUUUUUGAGUGAAACGUGCGUGCGGCACCGAACCUCGUCGCAGGGAUAAUUGGGCGGACUCGUCAAUAACUUCAUACGAGCCGCCGUCCAUCCAUCAUGGUCAUUUGUCAGACCCUAGAGCGCCCUUUGUGGGGAAAUGGGCGUGUAAUUUCCGAUAUCUCAAUGUAUCCGAAUCUAAAUUACGGCUGCGAAUCUGCUGGGAUAAUUGAAGUUCGGCUGUCACGACGCAUUGUCGUCUGAUGUGAUGAACGUACACAAUGUUGGCAACAUCUGUGACGGUCGUGCGACGCGAUGCGGAUAAUGGUUUAGCCGGGAUUAAUUGGAACGAAUUAUAUGAAUCAGUAGGUUGAAGGGCUUAGGAAAAAAAAUUGCGGAAAAAGCACCUUUUGUCAUUUUGACUUUAAAAAUAUAUUUGUAACCCUGUUAAGGUCCCAAGCCCUCGCUACAUUUAAAUAUUUCUAAGUACUUAAUAUUAAAAUAUACUUCGUAAGUCCUCACAAUUUAUUUACAUAGAUAUUUCACGAUUUUACUGCAAUACUUUCAAUAGCGUUUAAUAAGUAAAAUUAAUAAGCUAAAACUUUUCAAUAAUGGUAUGACGUAACAAAAAUGCAUCUACCGCGAUUAGUGUUCACGGAAAUUUCCUGGGUGGUAGCGUCUUCAAUACAGUGUAAAUACUUUAGUAGCUUCUACUCCAUAUCCUUCAUUUCUUUUGAAUUCGCUUCCGAGUGUUGCUAUUCCUUUGUAAUUCGCGCUAUUCAACGAAAAGGAACUUUUACAAAUGACAUUACAGAUUUCCCUCUAUUAUCUAUGGUCUCUUUACGUUUACCGCCAUUUUGUUGACAGUUAUUUGACAUUUGGCGCGAAAUGCAUUAUUCUGAAAUGUAAAGUGUUUUGUAAUAUUGUACGCCGAAUUUGUUUGAAUACUUUUAAAUAUUAAACGUUCAAUGGAAAUUUGAGGUGGUCCGCUUAACGGUUUUAAGGAUAAACUCAUCAUUAUGCUUUACAUACGAGUAUAAGGCAGAUUAUAAUUCUUGAAAU